UUCAAAUACUUGGGGGACGCUGAGUUUUUUGCUUAUCGAGUUGCACAUGCUUCAUUUUUUAGUGAAAUACUUUGCGUCGUUCUUCGAGUUAUUUGCUUACUUUGCAAUAUUUAAACUUAAGGAGCAAAAUUGCGAAGAGCAGACCUCGGGACAGCAGUUUUUCUCGACGCAUAAGACGACUCUGUUCCUUCGUUUAGUUCAUAGUUAUACACUUGGUUACGGUGCUUACGCGCCUGGGAGACAGUUGCUUGCUGCAGUUCCUCUUGUAUAGCUUAUUACAUAGUUUCCGUUCAGUGGGCAAGGUAUAAAAACGCGAACAACGUUUGAGAGUACUGUAUUACUACAAUAAGCCUGUAUACUAUAUGCCUUGCGCGAGUUUUAGAUGAUUUCCGAAAUAUAUCGAUCUUUACUCACAGUUCCACACGGUAGAAGCAGUUCGGGUUUCUUAGAACUGUAUAUGUGUUCAGCUUGGUAUUUUUUGAAGAUAAUGUUGCACGAUUCUCCUGCUCCUAUAUUCAGGUUAAUUUAUCGAUUGCAAUAUUUUUGCUUAUCCAACUUGCGUUUUAUAUCCUUGGUAACAUUGAAACUGAUCGUUAAGGUCAAGUUCAUGAUUGCAUUCUCAUAGGGGAAGCCCUAGAAACUCAAAACAUUACUACUGAACUUGUGAUAUUACUUUCUUACAUAAGGGACAAAGCUGUCAUUGUAAUUAGAAUAAACAUUGAGCUGUGACCAUUGCAAGAUUGGAGGUGUUUCCACUUUUCCUACUGUUGUGCCCAUUGCAGUUUUUAUUUGGAUUCCAUUUAUAUGUAUCAAGAAAAAGGAGAAAAAUAUAUUCUUGAGAAGCCAACCUUGAUUCAUCUUGUCAACGAGUCUUCCCCAAUCUUCGAAGGUCGAUUACAUCAAACUUCAUUCC